UAUAGUCGCAUCAUGGCAUAUUUAACCUCAAAUUGGAGCGAAAACAAGAAAAAAUAACGUAGUUACAUAAAUUAUGAAAAACAUUGUUUUACAAGUGAAACAAUUAAAAGUAUUAUGAAAUAGUGUCCGCGAUUUAGUUAUAAAUCAUUUGUGCGUAAGAGUAUGCAAAGACAAGUGCCAUGAGUGAGCAGAACUGGAAAAAUGCAGUAGCAGGAGCAAGUUCCGGAGCAAUAACACGAUUUCUUUGUCAGCCGCUGGAUGUACUAAAGAUUCGCUUCCAAGUCCAGAUUGAACCAUUAAGCUACGCUUACCAUACUUCUAAAUACAAGUCUAUAAUCCAUGCACUGACUGUGAUAUAUAGUGAAGAAGGAAUCCGAGGUCUUUGGAAAGGUCAUAAUCCUGCCCAAAUUCUGUCAAUCGGUUAUGGAAUCACACAGUUCACGGUAUACGAGAGAGUUAACAGAAGUGCCGAGACGAUAGAUUUCUUCCAGAAGCACAAGCUCUUGAAGAACUUCUGUUGCGGAGGAUUUGCAGGAGCCACUGCAGCAUUUGUCUCUACACCACUGGAUGUCAUCCGAACAAGGCUAAUUGUGCAGGAUGCUGGUCAGGGUUAUAGGAACUCAGUCCAAGCUGUUGGGUUGAUUCUAAGAAAAGAUGGUAUACGUGGAUUGUAUAGAGGCUUUGGACCAUCCCUCCUGCAGAUUACUCCACUGGCAGGAUCAAAUUUUAUGUUUUACAAAUUCUACUGUGGCCUAUUGCAAAAUCUACUAGGUGCGAAAUCUCACAGUGACCUUCCUACUUGGGGUCUCCUGCUUAUGGGCAGUUUAACGGGCUUUUCAUCCAGAGCCUUGGUUUAUCCUCUCGAUGUGAUUAAGAAACGCCUGCAAAUACAAGGAUUCGCUCAGCAUCAUCAAACGUUUGGAAAACAUUUUGAAUGCGAAGGAUUCAUUCAAUGUGUCAUCCGAACGUCUAAAACUGAAGGCUUCCUGGGUUUCUACAAAGGUAUCGUGCCCAGUAUGUUAAAGUCUGGGAUAACAACUGCGCUAAAUUUUUGCAUUUAUGAUGAAACCAAGAAGAUUUUGGCACAAAUCUAGCAAUAUCAGUAGUUUCUCAAAUAAAACCACUCUAGCAUAGAAAUGAUGCAGUCUAGCUGAAGUGUGAAUACCAUCUGUGAUUUAAUUCAUUGAAAACAAUACAGAUUGAAAACAAAGCACAACUUUUACCUGUAAAAUAAUUAGGGUAACAAAUGUGUUCCUUAGAGAAGGUUGCAAAAAAGGAGAGAUAAAUGUGUAUGCGAGAUGAUAUGCCUCAUCCCCCUCAUCCCUAUUUCGUGAAUAAAUGAAUGAGCAAAUAAGGUCUGCUUAAAAGUACUUGAAAGAAUGAUUUCGAAACAAAUUCUUAAUUAAAUUUCAUCAUAAGGCCGAUGGCUUCUUUAGGGAGAGCAAUCCACAGUGCUCAAGUAGUGAACAUGUGUCUUUGUAAUUUUUUUCUUCACAAUUCCUGCACUCUCGCGAGAGUCCCUUUGAAAAAAAUGGCGAAAGAAAAUUCGCUGUGUGCUCGAAUUUACUAAUUUAAGUAUUCCUAGGAUUUUUUCAUGGAUCAGAUUUUAAUUUUAGCUCAAUUUAAACUUGUGGUUCAUAAAUCAUCUUAAUCUUAAUUUAAAUUUAUUAUAAAUAUUUAUGUAUUUUGAAUUUACAAUAAAAAUUGAACUAUAGGUUUA